AUGGAUACCCCCCAGGUACAACUUCCGGGCCCCGAAAACCCAGGCACGCAGAAUGCGGCCAACAACUCCAACUCCAACUCCAACGAGGUUGAGAUGACCGAUAGCCACAAUGCUGCAAAUCAGAUCGAGGAGACCCAAGCCGCUGAAGAUAAUACCCUGCCUGAUGCGCAAGCCGAACCUGAGCCUGAGGCCCCAACCCCCGCAAAGAAGAAUGCGGGUUUCAAUUUCCUGGACUUCCUGAAAUCUCCAAUCGUCGAAAUCGCCAUCGGCGAAGGUGUCAACCAGACCAUUCUCACAGCGCAUCAAACACUCCUCAUUGAAUCACCCUUACUUUCCGAAUUCGUGAAUAAAUUCGAAGCAUCAGGCCCGCGCCGCAUCGCCCUUCCCGCAGAAAACGUCGAUGCCUUCAGCUGUUUCCUUGAAUUCCAAUACACCCACGACUACACGGUAACUCAGCGCUCGAUCCCGGCCGAAUCUUCAGAAAUCAAAACCAGCGAUAACACCGGCGAACAACUUCUCCGCCACGCGCGUGUCUACACCCUAGCAGAGAAACUGGGCAUGCCUUCCCUGAAGCGUCUUGCUCACACAAAGAUCCACCAAGUCAACGGCACCCCCAGUGGCGAACUUGCAUACGCCCGUUACGUCUACACCAACACACCCGAAGACGACACUACGAUUCGAAAGCCCGUUGCUUCGUACUGGGCUGGUCGUAGCCAUACCAUGCGCCACGCAAUUGAAGACGAGUGGAAGAAGAUCUGUCUUGAUAUUCCUGAAUUUAGCUUCGAUGUUUUGACUAUGGUUCUUAAUAAGAAGGAGAAGGCUAACAAUGCCGAGGCAGAGGGGACGCCGAGGGGACGGGGUCCUAAGCGACUCCGCAGUGAGAAGUAA